AUUACACAAACAAAAAGCUGGAAGUAGAGGAGAGAGAAAACUGAAGAAGAAGAGUAUUUACACUUUCUCUCUCUUCCACCACUGGCUGAUAAAGGAGAGAGAAAAUUUCAUCAAUUUCGAAGCAAUUCGUCAGAAUUCUAGGGUUUUAAGCUUGGUCGGAAGCUUUAAUGGCGGACAAAAAUCGAUGGAGUUGGGAUGUUAAAGGUUUUGAACCUAAGAAAACGGCGUCGUUUGAUGUUUCCGAUCAUCAGAGUAAACCGGCGUCAUUGGGAAGACGAUACUCCAUUUCUUCUUCGAUUUUGCCGCCUUCUGAACUUUCAAAGUAUUCUGUGGUCUCUAAAGUUAGGAAACUUGAAGAUAAACUCAAGUUUGCAAAAGAAGAUUAUGCAGUCUUGAGACAAGAGGCCAGUGAUCUCCAAGAGUAUUCUAUUGCUAAGCUUGAUCGAAUUACGCGGUAUGUGGGAGCACUUGCUGAUAAAACCCGUAAACUGGAUCAGGCUGCCCUUGAAGCGGAAGCAAGAAUUACUCCUUUGAUUAGCGAGAAGAAAAGGUUGUUCAAUGACUUAUUGACAGCCAAAGGAAAUAUAAAGUUAUUUUGUCGUACAAGACCACUAUUUGAAAAUGAAGGCUUGUCUAUUGUUGAAUAUCCUGACGAAUACACUGUCCGUGUUAAUACGGAUGACGAGACAUUGAGCAAUCCUAAGAAGGAUUUUGAACUUGACCGGGUGUAUGGUCCUCAUGUAGGGCAAUCUGAAGUCUUCAUUGAUGUUCAGCCAUAUGUACAGUCUGCAUUGGAUGGCUACAAUGUAUCUGUUUUUGCUUAUGGGCAAACUCAUUCCGGGAAGACUUAUACUAUGGAAGGAUCUAGCCAUGACCGUGGUUUAUACGUUCGAUGUUUUGAAGAAUUGUUUGAUUUAUCUAACUCAGAGAGCACUACUACUUCUCGAUUCAGUUUUUCAUUCACUGUUUUUGAGCUUUACAAUGAGCAGGUGAAGGAUCUGCUUGCAGCAUCAGGAAAGAGUUCACUGAAACUUAGAAUGGGAUCACCUGGUUCAUUUAUAGAACUUGUGUCAGAGAAAGUCGACAAUCCACUAGAGUUCUCCAGAGUAUUAAAAGCAGCUCUGCAGAGUCGGGGCCCCGAUGCGCAGAAGUUCAACGUUUCUCAUCUGAUUGUGACCAUACAUAUAUUUUAUAACAAUGCUAUUACCGGAGAGAACUUAUACAGCAAACUUUCACUGGUUGACUUAGCUGGAAGCGAGUGCUUGAGUACAGACAAUGAGUCUGGUGAGCGUGUUACUGAACAACUGCAUGCUAUGCAUUCCCUUUCAGCAUUGGGAGAUGUUUUGUCAUCUUUGACAUCAAAGAAAGACGAUGUCCCGUAUGAAAAUUCUCUUCUUACCAAAGUCCUUGCUGACUCAAUAGGUGGAAGCUCCAAAACCUUAAUGAUUGUCAAUAUAUGUCCAGAUGUUUCUAAUUUGCCUGAAACUUUAUCAUCCCUCAACUUCUCUUCCAGAGCCCGAAGUGCUGUUUUAAGCCUUGGAAAUAGAGAUACUAUAAAAAAAUGGAAAGACAUUGCUAAUGAUGCACGUAAAGAGCUUUAUGAAAAAGAAAAGGAAACUAUUGAUAUGAAGCAAGAAAUUAUGAGUUUACAGCAAACAGUCAAAGAAGCAGAUGAUCAAUGUCUCCUCCUAUUUAAUGAAGUUCAGAAAGCUUGGAAAGUUUCAUUUACAUUACAGUCAGAUUUAAAGGCGGAAAAUAUAAUGCUUGCUGACAAGCAUAAAAUUGAGAAAGACCAGAACGCUCAACUGAGGAAUCAAGUUGCUCAAUUAUUGCAAGCAGAGCAAGAACAAAAGUUGCAAAUAAAAGAAAGAGAUACAACAAUUCAGAACCUGCAGGCUAAAAUUGGGAGCUUAGAACAACAGCUAAAUGAGGCCCUUCGUUCUGCUGAAAGUAGAUCUGGGAGUGUGCCUGAGUCAAAUCUCAAGGCUGCAGAGGAUAAUGUGGAUUCAUCGGCUGUUACAAAGAAGCUUGAAGAAGAACUCCUGAAAAGAGAUGCCUUGAUUGAGAGGUUGCAUGAAGAAAAUGAGAAAUUAUUUGACAAAUUAACAGGAAAAGCAGCUUCAGUUGGAUCCUCCCAGGUGUCUAGUCCAUUAUCUAGACGAGAAUCUAAUGUCCAGAACCAGGACUUGGCCAGGAACAAUACUAGUAACAGCACUGGAAAUUCUACUCAAGUGGUUUCUGGAUCAACAGCCGGUGGUAAGGGGGAAAUGGCAGUUGCUUUGGUCAAGCCUGGGAAUGAAUUAGCAAAAACCACCCCAGCUGGUGAAUAUCUAACUGCCGCCUUGAAUGACUUUGACCCUGAACAGUAUGAGGGCCUGGCUGCUAUUUCAGAUGGUGCAAAUAAACUUCUGAUGCUGGUUCUUGCAGCUGUUAUAAAAGCUGGUGCCUCUAGAGAGCAUGAAAUACUUGCAGAAAUUAGAGAUGCUGUCUUCUCUUUUAUUCGUAAGAUGGAGCCAAAGAGGGUGAUGGACACUAUGCUCGUAUCUCGUGUGAGGAUAUUGUAUAUAAGAUCUUUGAUUUCUAGAUCUCCAGAGCUGCAAUCUAUCAAGGUUGCUCCAGUUGAUCGAUUUCUAGAGAGAGCCUCUAAUGGAAGAAGUAGGAGCUCUAGUCGUGCAAGCAGCCCUGGCAGAUCUCCUGCUUAUGAUUUGAGCCCUAGAAAUUCUCUGGCUGAGGGACAAAUCCAAGGUUUUAGAGUGAAUAUAAAGCAGGAAAAGAAGUCUAAAUUUUCAUCUGUGGUUUUGAAGCUUCGGGGUAUUGAUGAGGAAACUUGGAGGCAACAUGUAACUGGUGGAAAACUCCGAGAGAUAACAGAGGAGGCCAAAAGCUUUGCUGUUGGGAAUAAGGCUCUUGCUGCUCUCUUUGUUCAUACACCAGCUGGAGAGCUACAGCGUCAGAUUAGAUCAUGGUUGGCUGAGAACUUUGAUUUUCUUUCAGUAACAAGUGAUGAUGCAAUAGCCGGUAAUACUGGCCAAUUAGAGCUCCUCUCAACUGCAAUUAUGGAUGGUUGGAUGGCUGGACUUGGUGCUGCUCAGCCUCCCAGUACUGAUGCUCUUGGUCAACUUCUAUCUGAGUACACAAAACGGGUUUAUACAUCUCAGCUGCAGCACUUGAAGGAUAUUGCUGGCACGUUGGCUAUGGAAGCAGCAGAAGAUCCAGCUACUGUGGCAAAACUACGUUCUGCUCUUGAGUCUGUUGAUCACAAAAGGCGGAAGAUAUUGCAACAAAUGAAAGGUGAAUCAUCUCUUCUGACACUGGAAGGUGGUGGCUUGCCAAUACCGAAUCCCUCUACUGCAGCUGAAGAUGCAAGACUUGCAUCUCUCAUUUCCCUUGAUGGCAUAUUGACGCAAGUCAAGGAUAUUACAAGACAGGCCUCCAUAAACUCUUUGAGUAAAAAUAAGAAAAGAGCAAUGCUUUCUUCUCUGGAUGAACUUGCUGAACAAAUGCCCUCACUUCUUGAGAUUGAUCAUCCGUGUGCACAAAGGCAAAUUGCUGAGGCUCGCUCAAUCGUAGAGUCUGCUGCUGAAGAAGAUGACCGUUUCCAAACUUCCCAUGCUCACGAACCAUCGUCAAAUUUCGGUUAUGCUACUGAAACUGAUGUAUCGCAGUGGAAUGUUCUACAAUUUAACACCGGCUCCACAACCCCAUUUAUUAUCAAAUGUGGAGCCAACUCAAAUUCAGAAUUGGUGGUCAAAGCGGAGGCUAAGGUUCAGGAACCUAAAGGUGGUGAAAUUGUGAGAGUUGUUCCAAGACCAACAGUUCUGGAAAAUAUGACACUGGAGGAGAUGAAAAAUUUAUUCUCUGAACUUCCAGAGGCUCUUAGUUUGCUUGCCUUAGCAAGAACUGCUGAUGGCACAAGAGCUCGGUAUUCCCGACUGUAUAGAACUCUGGCAAUGAAAGUUCCUGCCCUGAGAGAUCUUGUUAAUGAGCUGGAAAAAGGGGGCAUUUUGAAGGAUGUGAAGUAAUGGGUACAUCCAAUGAUCCAACUGUAACUCCAUUAGUUUGUGUUGUAUGUAUUAUCAGUCCACUCUCUUCCAGUCUUCCUUUUUUUUUUGAUGAAAAUCUUUCUUUGUUAACACCCUUGUGUGUAUAUUAUCUAGGGGAUUUCAUUUUGACACACUACGGAAUUAUGUGUAAAUUUUGUACGAUUCUUCAUUGUUAAUGAAAUCACCCCCAUUGCUGAGAAUUUGAGAAGUUGGCACAUAUGAAGGGUUGAUUUA